CUUACUCACCUCGCUCUCGCUCGAGGUCACGAUCUUACUCGCCUCACCAUCAUCGACGAAGGUCGCCAUAUUCACGCUCCCGUUCAAGAUCAUAUUCUCCUUCAUUUCGUUAUAAUAGUCAAAGAAGUAGGUCUAAAAGCCGAGGAUACCGACGAUAUUAUUCCCGAUCGCCACCACCAGGCCCACCACCUCAUCACCAUCAUCGUUUGCGAAGAUCACCUCCUCCACGAAGAUUCAGAUCAAGAUCUCCACCACCGUCAGUACUACCAUAUAGGCGCAGCAGACCUCCACUACCCCCCGCUACCAAAAAAGAUUGUAGGGUUUACGUUGGUAACUUACCGUUUGACGUAUCAUGGCCUCAACUGAAAGAUUUUAUGAAAGAAGGUAACGAAAUCUACUAGUAUGGUGUUGCGAAGUCACUAAUCAUUCUUUCUGAUUGUAUGAAUAAUGGUGGUUCUCUUCGCUUUUUUUGCAGCUGGGCCUGUGGUUCAUGUUGAUGUAUUAAAAUCGUUCAGUGGUAGGCCAAAAGGCUGCGGUGUUGUAGAAUAUCAAUACCCGGAGGAUGCUAGAAGGGCUAUACGUACAUUGAAUCAAGUGGAAUUUUUAGGACGACCAGUAUUCAUUCGCGAGGAUAGAGUAUUUGAGCACUCGGCACCUGUCCGAGAUCCUCACGAUGUGCCAGAGGAUUGUAAGCUGCAUGUCAGCAACUUACCGCCGAAUGCAAGCUGGCAGGAUAUGAAGGAUCUAUUCAGAAAGGCAGGACGUGUAUUGCAUACAGAUGUCUACACAGAGCCAGGAUCAAGAAGAUCAAAUGGACAUGGAACAGUUAUUUUUGAUGACAGCCGAUAUGCACGUGCGGCUAUUGAUAUAUUUAAUGGAUAUGAAUGGCAAGGAUACAACCUAGAAGUAAAAGAAGAACGGUACUCAAAUAGAAGUAGUCCUAUGACUACAGCCACUAGUCGACCAUUACCACCUCCUUCGUCGAGGCCCGUGGAACUCCCACACAAUACUCCUCCUACGAACGUUAUGAGUGAAAAUGCAUCUUCAUCGAGCAGGGCAGCGACACCAACAACAGCGGUGCCCCCGCCGAGUGCUGCAGUCUCGUCCACACAAUCACCAAUACUACAACCAGUUCCUACCGAUGCUCACCACGUACAGCAAUUACCGCCUCCUCCGCCUCCACUACCUGCCGCUGCUGUCUAUCAAAAUGUUUAUAGAUAUGGAGCAGGUGAUAAUAGUAGUACUAGUCCGAUAAUACCACCGCCACCACUGAGUCAUAUACCAUUACCACCACCAUUACCACCGCCAUUUAACCAUAUUGGGCUUAUAGGUGGACCUGAAGCCAAUACGCCCACCCAUGGGCAGAAUCAAAUUUAUGUCAAUAACUUGCCGUUCUCAACAACUUGGCAGGAUUUGAUAGAUUUGUUCCGUCAUGUUGGACCUGUCCUGAGGGCAGAGAUUCUGAACGUCAAAGGACAUCCAAAAGGUGCAGGUUUUGUGAGGUUCGAGAAUGCUGCUUUAUGUGACAAAGCGAUAGAAAAAUUUAAUGGCUAUGUAUAUGGUGGGCGUAGUUUGGAUAUUCGACUUGAUAAAUAUUCAACAACGGCUUAAGUAGAUGUGUGAUUGUAUUGAAAACUGGAUAUUCUUUCUUUAAUAGAAGUGAUAUAUUGUGUAUGAAUCUACAAGAUAUUGAGCAGAUUAAACGAUUUUGUGUACAGAUACGGCUUUUACUGAUUACUUACGUCCUGAGCUAUAGCAAUCCAAUCUUUCAAGGAUUUAAUACGUGGAUCAUCUUCAUCAGGAAGUGCAUUUUUUUUCCAUAAAAUAAACUCAUUAAUUGUUUUAUUAGUGGCUGUCCAUGGAAUAUUUUGUGCACUGUCAUCCAUUUCUACAGCCUCUUCAUCAUAAAUAUUAGGGGCUAGUUUUUCAAAUACACGACCUGAAG